UGUGAGAGGCCCAGGGCUCCCACUGUGAGGAGGGACGGCUCCAGGGGACACGUGGUGACCUGAGGUCUGGGGGGAGUGACCUCGGGAACACGAUGGCUUUGUCUGAUGCCUCCCAGGCAGGCGGCACCGACCAGGCUGAGCACCUGGGCUGGCCCUCUGUGCCCGGGGCAGGAGAGGGCCCGAAGCCCCCCGGCCUUCCCAUCGGCCCACCCCAGGCCGGUUCAAGGCUCCGGGUUGGUUGGACGGCCACGGCAGGGUCGGUGGGUGGGGAGAUUUAAACUCAGUGCCUUGGUGGCCGAAGAGGGAGGCUGAAGAUGGGACCGGGGAGGCUGGUGUCCACGCUGGUCCUGGCGCUUGUGCUGGCCAUGGGGUCCCGGCCACAGGAACAGCUGCCCAGGGAGGCCCACAGCCUCAACUGGAACAAGUUUUCAGGGUUCUGGUACAUUCUGGCUGUUGCCUCUGAUGGCAAGGGGUUCUUGCCUGGCAGACACAGGAGGAAGCUGGGGGCAUCCACGGUGAAGGUUCACAAAGUGGGCCAGCUGAAGGUGGUCCUGGCCUUUAGCCGGUCACAGGGGUGCCAGUCACACACGUUAAUUCUUCGGAAAGAUGGGAAGAAGGCGGUGUUCAGGAACACACUGAAGGGGGUGGAGGGUUUCCACCUGCUGUCCACGGACUACAGCUUCGGCGUGGUCUACCUGUGCCUGGGCCGCGCCGGCCGGACCGCCAAGAUGCUACUGUUCUUAAGCAGAUGGAACACGUCCAGCUUCCUGAGCAUGAAAAGAUUCAUAGACAUAUGUGAGACUUUGGAGCUCGCCGAUGGUGUGACCGUUCUUCCGAAAGACGCCUCCUGUGCGCACACCAUCCUGCCCUGAGGGCCACCACCUUUACUUUGGGGCUCCGCUCGUGGUCCUCCGAGACCCCAGGAGCGUUCUUCGCGAUUCCGGGAGUUCUCAUCCCGCGGCUUGCUGAGAGGUGUUUGGUGACCCCAGGCCGCUGAUGGGGUGAAGUCCAAGGGCCGUGGCUCUAGCCCAAGAGGGAUCCUUGAUGAUCCUCAGGAGCUGGGGAUAGGAGGGCACGUGCUGGCCGGCAGGGAGAGUCCAGUCCUGGCCCGUCAGCUCGUGCCCUCCAGGUUACACGGCCGAGAGGGGCUGUCAUCUCUUGUCUGCUGGGAAAUAGACCUCGGACUGGUCCAGUGUAAUCCUUGCCGCGUGUCUUCUCUGCAGUGAGUCUGCGCACCGCUCCCCGGGCUCCCUGACACCCCACACUUCCCCAUGAAGCCGCCCACUCCUUCGGGAAACACGUAUAAGCACCCGUGACACGCCAAGCACGUGCUCGCUGCUGGCAAGAGGGCAGUGAGCAAAAUAGGCAAUAGCUUAUUAGAAUUUGGGGACUAUCAGCCUCCGAGAGAGAGGGCCUCAAGCAUCCUAGAUGCCUUCUGUACAGCUGCACAAGGACUAUGCACACCAUAAUUCUUCCAGAGUCUCCACAAAGACAUUACCCUAAUGAGGUGCCUGCAGGAAGAGCCCUUAACCACCUCACACUUUCUGUGCCAGUCUCCCGGCUCGGCUCGGCUGGGAGCCUCAGCCCCACAGUCACCCAGGAGGCCAGGGCUGCAGCCUCAGCUGAGGCUCCACUGGGGCAGGGUCCGCCUCCAAGACCGCGACCGUACACAUGCUCUUGGCAGGAUUCGGCUGGGACUGGGGUGUCUCAGGCCUUCUGUGUCUCAGCCCGGACCCUCUGCAGGUUCUUGGCACUGGGCAUCCUGGGGCAGCUCAUGUUAUCUGCUCUUGCUUCGUCAGAGAGAGACACACACACAGACGCACACACUGACACAGAGACAGAGAAUGGACCCGGGAGUAAAGGACCCCAGAGACACCACAGGCUUUCAUGAACCAGCUUGGAAGUGACACCCAUCGUUAUAUUCUCUCCCUCAGAACCGGUCACACAGGCCUUCCACCGGGGAGGGGAGGGGAUGUCACGAGGAUACAAGAGGCUGUGUUAGUAAAAGAGGGCACAUGUUGGAGACAGAGACCUUUGUUUGUGCUGUGACACCACAGCCUGAUGCCAGCAGGGACACGGCUGGUCCUCCCGUGGCCCAAACAGAAACCGGGAGAUGCAGAAGGCCAGACGGUCACACCACAGAGGGGAGAGCAUCCCUCACGACCCAGGGCCAGAAGGUUCACAGGCCUCUGGGCCAAAUAAUGCGCCAAAAGCAGUGCGUUCCCUGGGAUGGAGGCCAGACCCGUCGCAGUCCAAGGGAGGCGGCCCCCACGGGAGCAGGCGUCAGAGAUACGGGGCGUCCCGGGGAGGGACUCGGACAAGUGAGACCCAAGGGAGGCAGCGGUGGUCUCUUCAGAUGGGCAGGUUUCUAGUCUGGAGACCGGCGGCCCAGGUGACAACAUGAGGAAGCAGAGGCCCCAGCCAAUCCCCAGCAAGAAGUCCUUGUCCUGCAGGGGACUGGCUGGCCCAGUACUGGGAGAGCCCACAGAGCCCGGAGUCGGCCCUUCCCCAGCCCCAUGUGGGGCCCCAGGCAGGUGGGUCAGCUCUGCUCCCCUGAGAUCAGUGCGGGGGGGCCCUUGGUGGGUGGUGAGAUCCCCCAGGAGGAGGGACCCCGAGCCCCAGGACGCCAAGAUGCACGCCUGCGGGUAGGACAAUCCAAAGUCAAGGAGAUGGGCUUCCUGACCCAGCUCAUCUUACUAGUGACCCAGGCUGUGUUAUUAGCCUCGGUGCCCCCAUCUGUGACAUGGGGACGUAAUGGGCCUUCUAGAUGGGUUGGCGCAUUCCCUGAGAGAUGAGGUGGAAUCGUGGCCUGGUGCCUGCAGGACACAAAGGGCCACCUGGAAGGCUGUCCCAGAGUCCCCCAGGGCACAGGAUUCCGGAAGCCCGUCCUUGGCCCCUGCCUACUCUCCCCCUUCUGAGAACACUCAGCGUUGUUUGCGGAAGAGGUAGACAUGAUCCAGGAGGUCAGCAGGUCCCACAUGGAGGAAGGUCAGCGCUGGAGGGACAGAAGGACGUGUCCCGUGCCCCCUUCCAGGGCCCGAGCUGUGACGCCCUCUGACCGGACCUGGUGUGGACCCCGCCUCUGUGGGGCUGGUGGGGGACGAAUGGGGAAUGAGGGCUCCGGGUACACGGUGACCCUUGGGGACCGAGAUAUUCUGCAGCAAAAUUCUGAGGCGUGGUUCACAGCAUUGUGAGCGUGCCCCGUGCUCAGGAA